AUGGCGGCGAGCUAUGGACAGUCCAUUGGUCGAGCAACGCUAGGCGGUAACGGUGGAAUCAAUGGAGGUGGGAAUGGAGGACAGCUGCAGUCGACAUAUCUUCCCAAUGGAGCGUGCGGAUAUCGUGAUCUGAGCGGAGGACCACAGGCACCGACUUGCGGGUGUCGGCGAUUCUGGUUGAACACAAGCGCCGUAGUGCGGGAAGAAAGCGAGAGGACAUCUUGCUUCUGCGGACAUCAUGCUUGCUUUCACGAUUUUGUGAGCUUGGGCUUGCCGAAUGGCAACACACAGGACAUGAUCUACGGAUCGCAGAUGCGAUCUCCUGGCUUCAAUCAGGCGGGAUACACAGCACCGACAUGGAGUCAAUUGAUGGGAGAUACUAGUGUGGGUGCUACCAAUGGCACGUGUCCUGCUACAUAUCAACCUCCUGCACCGCCAACGCCAGUUCAGCAGACGCCGGUUGACCACCAAAAUCCACUCCAGACGCCAUUACAAUAUACGCCAGGAGCAUUUCACGGCGUCGGACUUGGCAUCGGGAACAACGCUCCUCCACAGUCACAACCGCAAUCGCAAUCCAUCAACACCCGCCUGUGGCAGGCUCUCAACGGAUUCGCGCGCGACCAGGACAAUGGCAGCAACUCUGGCAACUCGUCCAAGCUUCCAUCGACUGCAGUGCCAAGUGUGGUCGACGAACCUCAAGUCAGCAACGUGCCGGCAGCGAGCACGGCUCGUCAAUUUCAUUCCAUGGCUCCACCAUUGAACAUACCCUCUGCACUGACGAACGAAGCUCGACCUGGCGACAUUCAUAGCGCGACAGAGGUUGCCACUCCGAGCGUUCGCGGGACUCCCGAUUUCCACGCUCUAGCGGCUACUGGCGCGCAGGGCGUGUCUCCGAGUGCUCCUCAGUCAAGACAAUCGCAUCGUAACACCGACCAAGUCAUUUCAGCGGAUCUGACCGGCGGAUCUCGCGCGAUUGAUCGACGUGCGUCCAGCGUAGGUCCCAGUCUUUCAAUACAAGAGAUGUGCAACACAAUACAGAACUUCGGGCAGCGAAUUGAUCAGCUCGAGAGCAUGUCGUUCGCUCACCUUCCCAGUGACGAAGUCAUCGAUCGGUUUGACAUGGUCGACGGCCGCCUGAUGGAUCUGGAGAACUGGCGCACGGAGCAAGACAAAGCUGAUGAGAACAACGAUGUGGACGAGAGAUUCGAGUCCUUCCAGAACCGUGUGCUAGACCUUGAGCAGUGGCGUGAAGACCAAGACGCUCAGCCGAGUCAUGAUUCCGACAGUCCACGGGAGCGUGCAGGACGGCACUUCCUGCCAGAGACCAGCUCGUUCGCAUCGGAUGGGUCAUUCGAUAGUGACGCUGCCGCUCAGACUGAAACAAUCGUUCUGGCGACAUUGGCCGCCAACGCAGAGACUGGUCCACGCAUCGACGCACUGGAAUCUCGUCUGACCGAGCUGGAGGAAUCCGCAAUGCCAUCGUACAUCCGUCCCUGGCAUGUACAGAUUGUCCUCCUUCCAUUCGGCCGACAACUGCCGGGCAUUUGGUUCUCUUCAACUGAAUCCUCUCGUCAAUCACAGCGAAGAUCGGCUUCUCGUGCUUCGGAAGAAUGGAAUGGUCCACUGGAGUCGCACUCCUUCACAGCGAAGAAUUCGUUCCCGUCGAGUGCAAGUGAGAACGCAGCCUGGACGACCGCUUCAAUCGAAGAGUGGGCCCGUAGCACUCAGGAAGAGUGGCUGUCUGCUAAGGCUUGCGGGCCCAGCGGCGCCGUGUUCCAGCGUUUAGAGUCUCGAGGCUUGGUCCGAGAUAUCGAGAUCACAUCGCCCAAUGCCCGUCACAUCUGGUCUAGCAUCUCCGAGGCACUCGGCGAUGUCCUGGGCAACGACAACGAACACGAACUGACAUCAACCUCAACGCUGGAGAGAUACCACGCUCUCAAGCAGCCGUUCGUUCCGCUGCGCAAAGCACGGAAAUCCUCCCGUUUGCGCUUCCUGUCACCAGCAGAAAUGCUCACAUGCGCUCUAUGGACUGCCGAGUUCCUCGACUCCAGCGCAAUGAUGAAGUUGCCAGACGGCCAGCGACGCCUCUAUCUCACCACUCCAGAAGCCUAUAUUCAGCCUUCCACUCACAAGUUCUGGUCCUGGCCGGCACUCCGCAGUCUGCCAAUGUAUGGCGCCGAUGGCGAGAUCCACGCAGCGCAAGUCGUCGGCAAUGUCAUCGAAGCGUGCUGGUCUUACAACGACCGGCUCGACCACCGCGCCGCAAGCCUCCACUCUUCUUUCGCAGACCAAAUCUCCAUCUCCGACUCAGACAACGAGCGCGAUCAAUUGUCGCACUCCGUGCCAAUCACCAAACUUCGCCGCUCGUCGACGUUCCGGUCAGCUUCGAUGCCAACGUCUCAAUCGCCACCUGUAGCGAGAUUUCCCAUCGCACCUCCGCCAUCCUCCUCGCCACAUCCUGUAGCUGCCGCCAACCCAAAACGUCGCGAUCGAGAAGUGGAGCACAAAGCCGACAAACGUCGCCGUGUCUCCUCACUCUCCUCGCGGAACUCCUCUUCCUCUGCCCUUGGACCGUUAGGCUCGCCAGAGCUCCAUCGCGGAGGCGUGAACUUCACUCCCCGCUGGAGUCGAGAGCCGCUGUCGCCUUAUACUGGCGGUGCAUCGUCCAAUCCUGCACGUGGGAGCAGUCCCGCCGAGUUUGAAGAUCAUGGCAUCCUGCUUGGGCGACGAAGUGUAGGCGCCUUUCCAGCUGGCAGUCGCGAGGGGCUGAACGAUCACAUAAAUGAGAGAAGAGGAAGGGCAGCGAGCGGCACGCCGUUCGCGUACGCGACGCCGCAUAGUGGGGUCAUGGACGACGGCACUGAAGGUGGUGGAGAUACAGAGGUGGAAGACGAGGACGAUGAUGACGGAGCGGAGAGUGAGACUUCGUGGCCGGGAUGGGACGAUGGGAUGGAAGUUUGA